AUGUCUAAUAGAGAAGCAAGUAGAAUUUAUGAACUAAUCGUCGAAUCUGUUAUCAAUGAGGUUCGAGAAGAUUUUGAAAAUGCAGGGAUUGAUGAACAAACUUUACAAGAUUUAAGAAGAAAUUGGCAAUUAAGAUUAUCUGAGAGUAAAGUGUCUUCCUUUUCAUGGGAUGAAUAUUCCCUCAAUAAUAACCCAGUUUCUACUAAUAACAUGAUGGACUUAAAUAUAGAUAAUAAUGGUAAUGAUAAUACUACUAAUACAAAUGAUAUAUUGAAUAAUGAAAACAAUGAAAUAUCUGAUCAAAAUUUAAAUAAUUUUACUAUAAAACAAGAAAAUAACAAUGAUUUACAUCCUAAUUUAAGUCAAGGCUUAGUUUUACCUGGUUUUGAUUCUAAUAUAAUACCUGCUCCUCCAACUUCGACAGUAUCAAAUACCGAUACCACCGAUGAUAAUCCCCAUAAUGAGGAACUUCCCCCAGUAAAAGAGGAGGAAGGUUUCGAUAAUCAAAGUGUUCUUCCAGAUUCACUGCCUGAACAGAAUAAUACUGAAACUAAUACUAAUAAUGCUAGUGAUAGUAUUAAAAAUAGUGAAACCAUUAAAACAGAAGAUAUACAGAAACCAACAGAUUUGGAAAAUGCACCACUUAUCACCACUAAUGGAAAAAUUGAAUUAACUUUGGAGAAUCCAAAUGGUGUAGUCGAAGAACAGUUACGGUUGCAAGAAAAGAAAGCUAAAAGAAGUGCUUUAUUAGAUACAGAUGAGGUAGGGUCUGAAUUAGAUGAUUCAGACGAUGAUUAUUUAAUAUCUGAAGGUGAUGAUGAUGGUCCAGAUGAAAAUUUGGUACUAUGUCUUUAUGAUAAAGUCACAAGAACUAAAGCUAGAUGGAAAUGUUCCUUAAAAGAUGGUAUUGCCACUAUUAAUCAUAGAGAUUACACCUUUCAAAAGGCACAAGUGGAAGCAGAGUGGGUAUAA